ACAUAUUUUUAAAAUCCUCUUGACGAUGGUAACACGAAGAGUGCGCAGCUACUAAAUCGGAUAACGUGGCAUGAAAAAUAACCACAAAUUAUUUAAUCAUUUCUUGCAUUAGUAUAUGAUCCGUUAUGGAAAAAUAGAAGAAAAAAUUAAACAAACAAACAUGGCGGUAUAUUUGUUGCUGUGUGUGUGGUCAGUGUUGACUGUGGAGACUGUGGCGUUUAAGCCGACCAUUGGUCAAGGAGAUGACCCAUCGAUGUACACCCAUGAAAGUAUAACACUGGAAGGGGUCGAUAGGGCGGCUGCACAUUUCCUUACAUCAAAUGGCAUUCUGAACACCACAAAGACAAACCCUCAAGAAAUUGUCAAAGAAUUUUUCGGAUCAGAUACCAAAAGCUACGGGGAUUACAACCAGAGAGUUCAUGAGUUUUCAAAAGCCGUAAUGAAUGUCCAUAGGACAUUUCAUACCAAUCCGGAUUACACUGUCAACUCUGAGCGAAUACGUGAAGCUGAAAGUCUUGUAACUACCACAAGGCUAGAUAUUGCUUCUAUUCUGUCUCGGACGUUGAACGAUACAUCGUUAAAACUGCUGGUGAAUAAAGUGGGGAAAUGUCUGAUGAUUAUACAGUCAUUCUACAGCAACACGAACUGGAUUGAGAUGAUGGUGAAUGGUGGAGAGUCUUUCUUAAGUUUCGGAACCCUCACCUCCACCGGUAUGGUGGUUGCCGCAUCAGGAACAGACACAUGCCGCAACUGUGACGACAGCAUCGCUCAUCGCUGUAGCCAAAACCUGUUGGUCCAUGAUCGUUUGACAAGUGGAUACCUGUCUGGUCAGCAGUUCUAUCCGAAACCAUCAGCUCACCCAGGCGCUACGGAGGGCAAAUGCAGUCACGGGGGAGUGAACGACCACGGAAGGAACACUGCGGCAACUGGUGGGAUCAACAAGGAAACUCCUGAUUGGAAUUGGUCCCCACAUGCACAUCUGCAUAACAUAUCCGGUCAGACAGCGGUCAGAGCGACGGAAGCAUUCUUCAUGGACGCAACAUCAGGUUUACUAAGAGGUAUUGACCAUGCAAAGGUGAAGGAAAUAUUUAAAUUGAAGAAGAAAGCAACACACGUCUCAAUGGGAUUUGUUAUCGAUGUCACCGGAUCAAUGGCUAACGAUAUCAGGUCGGUGAAAGAUUCGAUGAUUGGCAAGGUGUCCGCAGCUAUCGGGACUGACAACGAACCAACCAAAUAUGUUUUGUCAACUUUCAACGACCCUGGAAGCCUGACCACAGUUGCCGCAACAGCGGAUGGAAAAGAGAUGAUACGAUGGAUAGAGAAUUUGACUGUGGAUGGAGGAGAUGACUGUCCAGAAUAUGCAAUCUCCGGACUACUGGCUGCUAUUGAUGCGUGUGUUCCAAAUUCAGUUAUCUACCUUGCCAGCGAUGCAGAUGCUAAAGAUGAAAAUAUGACUAACAUCGCAAUACAAAGGGCGAAUGCAAAACAUAUCAAACUGGAGUUUAUUUUGACCGGAAGUUGUGGUUUAAGUCGACGUCGCAGAGAAAUACAACUACGACAAAAGAGAGGUCUCUCAGCCUUUAAAAAUCUUGCUGCAGGCACCGGAGGGAGUGUGUAUCACAUCGACCAUAGUGAAGUUACCGCAGACACUGCAUCGGGUUCGCUUAGAGAUAUUGAUCAAGCAACUGAGAAGAACAUAUUCAAAUUGAAGAAAAUUGCAAGGCGACAAGUAUCUUUCGGAUAUGUCAUCGACGUUUCAGCAUAUAUGGCUGAUGAUAUCAGGAGAAUAAAGGAUGCAUUAAUCACCAAAGUGUCUACAGUUAUAGGGACUGUCAACGAACCAACCAACUAUGUAUUGUCGACUUUCAGCGAUCCUGCAAACCUCACCAAAGUUGUCACUACAACAGAUGGAAAUGAGAUGGUACGGAUGGUAUCUCAACUGACUCCGGAAGGGGGAGGAGACUGUCCAGACUAUGUCAUGUCCGGAAUACAGGCUGCUAUUAAGGCAUGUUAUCCAUACUCAAUUAUCUACGUUGCCACGGAUGGCGAUGCCAAAGAUGAAAAUAUGACCGAUAUUGUAAUACGCGAGGCGAUUGCAAAACACAUCCGAGUGGAAUUAGUUCUGACAGCAACCUGUAGUAGUUCAGGUCAACGUCGCAGAGAAAUGCAGAUGCGACAUAAAAGAGGUCUCUCAGCCUUCGAAAGUCUUGCUGCAGGCACCGGAGGGAGUGUGUAUCACAUAGACCAUAGUGAGGUUACCGCAGUUCUCGAUCACGUCCUGGAAAAAGAUUUUCCAUCCUCUGAAGCAAUCAUCGACUACUUUGUCCAGACAACGUCAGAUAACGACACGAUGGAUGUCACAGUAGACAGUGAGGCAGCCGUCCUCGUCAUCACAAUCACAGGACCAUACAGCUUAUCGCAAGCGGCUCUGUCAUUUCCAAAUGGGACAAUGCAAGCAUUCCCGACGAAACUAGCUACGCAAUACUACUCAAGUCACACAAUAACUAUGUCAAUACAGAGACCUUCUCCUGGAAUUUGGAAAUUGACCCGGAUUAAGAACAGUUCCUGGAAAGUUAAUGUUACCGCCUCCACAUACAUGGAUAUCGACAGCCAACUGAAGGAAACAGAUGAAUAUGGAAUAUCUUAUGUGGUGGAUCGUAACCCUAUUAUGGGUAAAAACUACACUCUAGAAGUCCUUGCCUAUAACCUGAACGCGACGUCGACGUCCUUCUCUCUGCAUCUUUUAGACGAACAGGGCACUGACUUAUUUAGCCGGCCCGUGCAUAUCACAUUCGGUUCUUCGAAAAUAACUGGAUAUAUAUCUAUAACGAUUCCAUCGAAGAAUUUCUACGUGCAGCUAAGCGGUAUCGAUCAAAAUGGCUUCAACUUCAAAAGAAUGUCUAGAAAAUUGAUAAAACCUGUGGGCGUGGACUUAUUCGUACAACCAAUAUUCGGGAACCUUGACGUUGGGAUUGCACAGAACAUUACGUAUACUCUGAGUAACCUGGGCGCCACCACACAGACCUAUACCGUCAGUAUCGACGAUGACAAAAGCAGACUUCAGAGUCCAACAUCUCGACAGCACACAUUGCUUGCUGGAAAUUCUACAGGUGGACGUUUCCAGAUGACGAGUUCCGUUGAAUUGGAAUAUGUAACAUACACUGUGAGUGUAAAACUGCCUGGCUCUACAACUGCCCUCCAAUCUUCAACAUCUACAGCCAUGUUUGCUGGAGCCGUCUGUUCAUCCUUCGUGGCUAAGAAGUGCAGACAAGCUUACACCGGCACUAACUGCUCGCUGUAUGCAUGGGCUGCUACAGCCGUGUUUUCAUUCGAUGUUUCGACAUACGUCAACGUCGCAAACGUUUCGAUGACCAUCGACUCAAAAGAUAGAAAACGUUUACAUGUGAGUGGGACUUGCUGUCAAGACAACUUCACUGUCAAUGCUAAACCGUCAGCCGGAAGUGGAUGUAAUACUUCUCAGCGCGUAAUCGCAUUAGACCAAGAAGCGGAUGUUGUUGAUGAGAUUACAGACCAAGGAUCUGGCGAAACAAAUCACAAUGAAACUGAACCACGCAAAAGUCCAACUCGGACCUCAGGUUCUAACACUUGGCUUAUUGUUGGCGUCGUGAUCGGAUCUGCAGCUGUCAUCGUGGUCAUUGCCACUGGAGCAAUUAAAUUGAUAGCUAAUGUUGGGAAGAAAAGAAAAUCAAAGAUCAACGAUUCCCUGGAGCAAAACGACUAUCCUACACGUCAGGAUAAUGCUAACAAACCACAGUUCAAUCAAAAUGCACUGGAUUAUUAAAAUGUUCAAAUAAAUCAAAAUGAUUAGUUUGCGGAAAAUGUAUCUUGCUUGGUUUUGCGUCUGAGGUUGACAAAACAUAUAUAUACUAUAUACUUGACAAUAUUAUAUAAAUAUGUGCGACUUCCUAAAAUAUUGUACACUUGUAUCUCCAUCAGCCGACAUUAUAUAAUAAUGUACAACUUCCUAAAAUAUUGUGUUUUUACGGGUGUUUCCAUCAAUAGAUAUUAAACGUCGCAUUUGAAGCAGAAAACAAGAUCGCAAAAAAAUCAACUUCGGGCGUAUAUACAGAUAAGCAAUAACAGUUCAUAAUAACGAGAUAUUAGAUUUUAGGAAAAAAUGUAGAAUUAAUUGUAUUGUGGCGUGUUGAUUUUUUGUGUUUAUAUGCUGUAUUAAUAGCUAGAACUUGUAGCGAUAUAACAUGUUUUCUGUAAGUGGGAUCAAUACCAAUAUUAAUUGUAUAUAAUUAAACAUUGACAUACUAUUUAAAUAGAAUUAAAUCUGCUCUAAAUAAACUAUCCCUUUAUUGGUGAUAUGCUAGGUACAUGUACUUCGGAUUGUGUGCUAAGGAGCUCCCUUUGAGCAUUUAUAUUUUGUAGCAAAACUAUUUUUGUUCUUUACGGAAAAACAUAUCAGUAUCAAUUCUAUACAAUAUGAUAAUGAAAUACUUUUAGAGAAAAAUUGAAAUUGAUUUUUUUUUCUGGAUGAAUUUUCUACGUAACUGAUGUUUUGGCUUAUUAUAUUAUGCUGGCUGUUAUGGCGGCAGUUUAAUCAGUUGUAAUUAUUGUUUAAUCAACGAGAGCUAUACCAAAAGCAGUUCUACAUUAAGAAGCUAUGACGCACGACGGAGGUUGACUUUUAUUUGUAACAAUGAGACCAACUUUUGUGAUUGUUGUGACAAAGAAAUUAGUACUUUGCUUUUUUAUAUGUUGGUUUUAAGCUAUUAAAUUACGUCGCAGUAGUACAUGUACAUGUUUUGUGAAUGAUUAUUGAAAUAAAAGUGACUU